GUCGGUGACGUCACGCUGGACGCAGGAAGGGCCCAGUACGUGGAAGUGGAGUGCUGGGAGCACCGGGGAAGCCGCGGCCUGGAGUGUGGCUGCGAGCGCGGAUCAGAUCAAGCAAUCGCAGGCAAGGCGUGACCUACAUACAAACGCCACCAUGUACUGUUUACAGUGGCUGCUUCCCGUCCUCCUGAUUCCGAAGCCACUGAACCCAGCGCUUUGGUUCAGUCACUCGGUGUUUAUGGGCUUCUACCUACUGAGCUUCUUACUGGAGAGGAAACCGUGCACCAUCUGCGCCUUGGUCUUCCUGGGUGCCCUCUUCCUUAUCUGCUACAGCUGCUGGGGCAACUGCUUCUUGUAUCACUGUAGCGGCAGCCAGCUACCAGACUCUGCCAAUGACCCUGCCGUGGUUGGCACCUAGGGGGAGUACACCGCGCCCCCGCUCCAUGGAUUGCUGCUUUUUUUGCCAAGGACGUGUCGCAGCUCGC